AUGAAGCCCUCGUCCUCUGUAUUUAACCCUGAGAACAAUCCAGGUUACUACCAUAUACCAGAUUCAGACGAAGAAGACAAAUCAAAGAAGAUGGAGGAGAAAAUCAAGCAAUUGGAGCACCAAAUGACGGUAGUUAUAGAGGACCAUGACUACCCUGGAGUCGAUGUCGCGGAGCUCAAUCUGGUCUAUGAUUUGAAUCGAAGAGUCCUUCAAAUUCUCUCCACCUAUAAAAUCCAAACAUUUCAAAACUUCAAGACCAAAAAUGGGGUCACCAUUAACCUUAAUCGAAUUCCAAAGAAAUGGUCCCAAUUUGCAACUAGAUUCCCCUUUCUUUCUUGUUCUAACUCGCCUUCUUCUCCGCUUUGCUCUGGCUUUUCUCUUUCUCACCCUCUCAGUUUUCGUUCCCUUCGACCCCUUUUCACUUCAAUGGCCACUUCUCAAGCUGACAGUGACUCCUCUCAGCCUUCCCAAUCCAAAACGGUAAGGGUAGUGAUAAAGGGUAGGGUUCAAGGUGUGUUUUAUAGGAACUGGACAAUAGAGAAUGCUACUCAAUUAGGCUUGAAAGGUUGGGUUAGGAACAGGAAGGAUGGUUCGGUGGAAGCACUUUUCUCCGGUAACCCCGACUCCGUUCAGGAAAUGGAGCAGAGGUGCCGCCGUGGUCCACCAGCUGCCAUGGUCACAGGGCUUGAAGUUUUCCCUUCUAGUGAUGAUCCUGGCACUGGAUUUGUUAGGAAGCAGACAGUUUGAAGGGCACUCUAUAUGAAAGAGGUUGGCUCAUUCUAUAUUAUGUAUAGCGUUGUUCUAUGAGGAAUAAAAUAAAAUA